AUGCCAACUCACUCCAAAUCUCCAGUUGCCCUGGACAUCAUUGUCGUCGGAGCAGGCUUGAGCGGGCUCUCAGCCGCCAUCUCGUGCGCGCUAUCCGGCCACAAUGUCACCGUGUUCGAGUCCGCCCAGGAGCUCCUGGAAAUCGGCGCCGGCCUGCAGGUGACGCCAAACUCGUCCCGCCUCCUGCAGCAAUGGGACCUCCCCGACAAGCUGUGGAAGUCGGCCGCCGAGCCGACGUAUCUCGCCGUGCACCGCUACAGCGGCGAGAUCCUGGCCAUGGAGGCCGACUUUGACAAGAAGAUGCGCGCAAAGUACGGCGCCCCCUUCAUCGACCUCCACCGCGUCGACCUCCAGCUCGCCCUCUACGAUCGCGCCCGGGACCUCGGCGUCGGGUUCCGGCUGGGCCAGAGAGUCGACUGGAUCGACUUCGACGCCGCCGAGAUCACCACGCAGUCGGGCGUCAGGGCUCGGGCCGACCUGGUCGUUGCGGCCGACGGCCUCUGGUCGCGGUGCCGCGACUGCUUCCUGGGCGGGCUGGCCGACCGGCCCAAGAUGACAGGCGACCUGGCCUACCGCGUCGUCCUGGACCUGGACCAGAUCACCGACCCGGACCUGCGCGAGUGGGUGAGCAAGCCGUCGGUGCACUUCUGGAUCGGCCCGGGCUCCCAUGCCGUCGGGUACUCGCUCCGCGCGGGGAGGGUGUACAACCUCGUCCUGCUGGUGCCCGACGACCUCCCCGUCGGCGUCAGCCGGCAGCCCGGGUCCGUGGAGGAGAUGAGGGAGCUGUUUAAGGACUGGGAUCCUAUCCUGAACCGGUUCCUUGAUCUCGUGAAGACGGUCAACAAGUGGAAGUUGAUGCACCGUGCCGAGCUCCCCACCUGGAUCAACGACAAGUCCAACUUCGUCUUCGUCGGAGACGCCUGCCACCCGAUGCUGCCGUACCUCGCCCAGGGGGCAAACUCGGCCGUCGAGGACGGCGCCGUCCUUGGCCUGCUCCUCGGCCGCAUGCAGUCCCGAGCGCAGCUCCCGCAAGCGCUGGGCCUGUACGAGCGCCUGCGCAAGGCCCGGGGCGAGGCCAUCGUCAAGGAGACGUUCAAGCAGGCAAGUCGUGGCUCGCUCCCCCAAUCACCCUUGCAUUGCGCAAUGCUGACGCGCCGGGGUUCUUUUUUUUUUUUUUUACAGAGGGACUCAUUUCACAUGCCCGAUGGGCCCGAGCAGGAGGCCCGCGAUAGGGUAUUCCUGUCUCAGCUAGGGAAGGAGCUGGAUGGCGCGUUCCCCAGCAGGUGGACGUGUCCCGAGGUCCAGCCAUGGUUGUACGGCUAUGACGCGUAUAGGGAGGUCGAGGAGGCGCUCAAGAGGGACCCGUUCUCGGCUGAGCCGGCGGACGAGAGCGCCGAUGGUGAGGUGGCGGCGCCGGGUCGGUAG